AUGGUGGUAGAUGGAGUUCCUACGGAUGUGUUCCUGAUCUGCUUUAGUGUGGUGUCUCCAUCAUCGUAUGACAAUGUGACGUCCAAGUGGUAUCCUGAGAUCAAGCACCACUGUCCUGAUGCUCCCAUUCUUCUCAUUGGGACGAAAAUAGAUCUGCGGGAGGAGAAGGAGACACUGAACCAGCUGGCUGAGCAGGGUGUUAGUCCUGUCAAGAGGGAACAGGGUCAAAAAUUGGCUUCCAAGAUCAGGGCCAUCAAGUAUCUUGAAUGCUCUGCUCUCACCCAGAGGGGCCUUAAACAGGUGUUUGAUGAGGCUGUUCGAGCCGUCCUUCGACCAGAACCAGCCAGGAGAAGAGAACGUAAGUGUUCCCUUCUUUAGGAGUCCUCCCUUUCCUGCAAUCUCCACUUUCUACCUGAAUGCACCUCAGUCCAGAGUAGG